GGAUGCGACACAGUUGAUGCCGGCGGCGCGCGGAGGAACACAUGACGUCACCGCUCACACUACGCCCCUUCAAGACCUGGCGGCGAGGAGUGUGUAGUCCGCCCUGACCUGUGUCGAUUCGAGUGUAGCCUAAAGCACAAUGGCAUCUGGAGUGAAAGUAUCGGAUGAAAUCCACAAAGCAUAUACAGAUAUCAAAAAGAGCAAGAAGUAUAGGUACAUAAUUUUCCACAUAAAGGAUGAUAAGGAAAUCUGCAUCGAAACAUACGGUGAUAGAGAUGCUGCGUAUGAUGACUACCUACAGCAUCUGAGUAAUGUGGGACCUGAUCAGUGUCGUUAUGGUCUUUAUGACUUUGAGUAUGAGCACGCAUGCCAGGGAACCUCAGAUACAAAGAAGCAAAAGCUGUUUUUGAUGUCUUGGUGCCCAGACACUGCCAAGAUAAAGAAGAAGAUGCUUUACUCCUCCAGUUUUGAUGCCCUCAAACAUGCUUUGGAAGGUGUUGGCAAAUAUAUCCAGGCUACGGACAUGGCUGAAGCAUCAUACGAGUGUGUGUUGGAAAAAUGCCGCUCUACAGACCGUUCCUAAGCUUGCGAUGGGAGGCCCCUCACUAAGCAGCCCUUGUCCUGUGUUUUGUCACCCAACACCCCAGUGUAACACUGGAUUCAGUUCUGGCCAACCCCACUGCACUGUGAGGGGCCCUUCAGCACCACCCGCACAGCGGUCAAUGCUGCCCCUAGUCAUGCCCGGGCCGCAACUGUUACUAUGCUACCCAUGCAGCAUCAGGGGACUCAUUGUUUUAUACUUGUGAUUAUAUUAUUUUGAUUAUAAUUCAAUUGGUUGGUGUGUAGGUGGGUGGCAGUAGUUGUGCACUGGUUCAAGCUCUGGCUUUUUAUAACCGGUCACACUCCUUGUUACCCCAUACGAAGAGGCAUUGGCAUGUUCGACGGAUCAAUCGUGUGAAUGUGAAACAAUCCACUAGUGCCAUCCAGAGUCUGUAUGUGCAGGAAUUAAAGCUAUCUGCAGUCUCGGAGGCAGUCAGCACAUGGUAAGUAGCUAAAUUGUGGUCUUGCACGAAGGUUUGCUCCGAUAUCAUUUAGACCAACCUGGUUGCUUGCCCACAAUGCUGCCUUCAUUGAUGAACUAACUGCCUCUUGAACACUCGUACCAGUGUCAUCCACUGCCACGUGUUGGCCGAGGCAAGUUUAGUAUUACAUGAAGCUCUUCCAUUUGUAUGUUAUGUCAUUACAUAAAUGUGAAAAUGUCAAUCUGCUACUUCCGAUUUUCAUUAAUUAUGAUAAGCUUUAUAUAUAACGGAACCAUAUUAAUAGGCAUUGCCAACAUUGGCUCAAAGUACCUUUUUUUUGUAAUUGAAUCUGCUCAAAAUCUUUUGUUGCAUCAGCUGUUGCAAUUAUGGAAAGCAAUUUACCAUUACUUAAAGGGUUUUGUAUGAUUUAAUUGUAGGAUAUGUCAACUUGUCUAAGAAUAAAUUUCUUUUUAAUGCC